AUGGGUGACCGCGAUACCCUGUCCUCGAGGCAGAUACCGUUCAUGAAACUGUCGGAUGGCUCUCCAGGGUCUCUUACCGCUCCGCCAAAGCCGUUAUCAAAUGAAUUGAAAGCUGGCGACCGAGCAACGGCUCGUUUCGCCGUGCAGGGCAAUGUUGUGAUCACCGGAGGAGCAGGUACUCUAGGUCUAUCAGCCGCACGAGCACUUCUCGAACAUGGAGCCAGUGGCUGCUGCUUAUGGGAUCUGGAGUCAACACUACGAUCGUCUCAGGCGGAUGUGCUGGCUUUGGCCAAAGAUUUUCCAAAAGUCCGGGUCUUUGGUGUUGCAGUCGACGUGACCGACGCCGCAGAAGUAGCCGAAGGGGUCCAGUCCGUCGUACAGACUCUCGGCAGCAUUGAGCACCUUUUCUGCUUCGCUGGAAUUGUUGGUGUCGUGUCUGCCAUCGACAUGACUGAUGCUCAGUGGCGUAAGACACUUGAUGUCAACACUACUGGUGCUUUCCUGUGCGCCCAAGCAGCUGCCAAGCAAAUGUCGAAGCAAGGCACCGGUGGAUGCAGUGUUACAUUGACAGCGUCCAUCUCGGCACACCGCGUCAACUUCCCACAGCCGCAAGUUGCUUACAAUGUUAGCAAAGCAGCGAUUGUGGCAUUGAAGUCGAGUCUGGCUGCUGAGUGGGCGAACUAUGGCAUCCGGGUCAACUCACUCUCUCCGGGCUACAUGGACACUAUCUUGAAUGCUGGCGGUGGAGCACUGGAGGAAGCUAGGGGUGUGUGGGCAAGCCGCAAUCCAAUGGGAAGGAUGGGUGCCGUUGGUGAGCUAGACGGGAUGUGUGUGCUACUUGCAAGCAGAGCGGGCAGCUACAUCAACGGUGCGGACAUGGUCAUCGAUGGCGGAGCCGUGGUGUUUUAG